CAACGCUGAGAAAUAAAAGCUGGAAUCUUUUGGAUCGUGCGGAAAGUGUGUCUGUGCGCGUGUGAGAGAGAAGGGAUUCGAAAAUUUUGCGUUAUUUUUGUGGAUUUAUCGAGCUUGAGCUGCAGCGGUGAUCUAAGCAAAGGAGGGAUCGAGUACUUAUAGCUUAGCAAUGCCACGACAUUCAAAUUCAGCUUCAAAGGCCAUCGAUGAUGAUGUAGUUUUAGAUGCAAAGCCAAUACGGUCCUUGUCUCCUUUGUUCCCGGCACCAUCAGGAUGCACAACAACCUCUUCUUCAAGUGCCCCUCCCUUGGUCUAUGUUACCCCAUUUACCCCUUUCUCAUCAGACUCACCAUCUGGAUUCCCUUCUGGCUUCACCCCUUCAACGUUCCCACCUUUUGCCAAUUCCCCAUCGGUAGUCCCUCCUUUUGCUACUCCACAAUCUACCAGAGCAAGUCCAGCGAGCAAUGGAGCAGCCCAAGUAGGAUUGAACUCAAAUGGCCCUCUUCAUGCAACACCACUCUCUUCUUCCUUUCAGACGCCACCAACAAUGGCAACACCUUUGAAUGUGGUUGACAAUAGUUUCACCUCUGCAUCUGGAAGAAAGAUUAAGCAGCCAAUGCAUCUAAGUGGCUACUCUGUUACUGAUUCUGAUAAAGAGGACUCUGAUGGUAAAAGAGCAGUGCGUAAACGGCCCAAGAAAAUGCCUGCUCAGGAUAUAAUCGUGCUGCCAACUUCACAAGACCCAAGAGAGUCUGUUGAGAUGAUUCUCAUGACCUUUGAUGCUCUUCGGCGGAGAAUUUUGCAGGUUGAUGAGACAAAGGAAACAGGAAAACGACCUGACUUGAGGGCUUCAGCCAUUAUGAUGAGUAGUGAUCUGCGUGUUAACAAGGGCAAGAGGAUUGGUCCUGUUCCAGGUAUAGAGAUAGGAGAUAUGUUCUACUUUAGGAUGGAGCUGUGUCUUGUUGGAUUGCACGCACCUAGCAUGGGUGGUAUUGAUUACAUGAUAACUUCUCAUGAUAAUCAAGAUGAUCCUAUUGCUGUUAGUGUGGUGUCUGCGGGGGGGUAUGAAAAUGAUGAUGAUGAUGUGGAUGUCUUGGUUUACAGUGGCCAGGGAGGUAACAGCAAGGAUGACCAGAAGCUUGAGAGAGGUAACCUUGCACUGGAGAGAAGUUUGCACAGGAGUAACCAGAUUAGGGUAAUACGGGGUGCAAAAGAUCUUAAUGUUGUAAAUGGUAGGAUUUACAUCUAUGAUGGGCUCUAUAAGGUACAUGAGUCAUGGGUGGAGAAAGGGAAGUCAGGUUUUAAGGUGUUCAAGUAUAAGUUCGUCAGAGAGCCUGGGCAGCCUGAUGGUAUUGUAGUGUGGAAAAUGACCCAAAAAUGGAUAGAGAAUCCAUCAUCGAGAGGCAGAGUUAUACUGCCUGACAUUUCUUCAGGCGCUGAAAAUGUACCUGUCUGCCUGGUUAAUGAUGUUGAUAAUGAGAAGGGGCCAAGCCAUUUCCAAUAUGCUACUAAAGUUAAGUAUUUGAGACCUAUUACCUCUAUGAAACCUUUGCAAGGUUGCUCAUGCCUCAGUGUAUGCCUUCCAGAUGAUAAACAUUGUUCUUGUGCGGACCAUAAUGGAGGUCAGCUCCCUUAUAGUUCAAGUGGAUUUCUUAUUCGCCGCAAGAGAAUAAUCUUUGAAUGCAAUACUUCUUGUCAGUGCACUCUUAAUUGCAGAAACCGAGUGACCCAAAAGGGUGUGAGGCUCCACUUUGAGAUAUUUAAGACAAAGGAUCGUGGUUGGGGUCUUCGGUCUUGGGACCCUAUUCGUGCAGGCACAUUUUUAUGUGAGUACAUAGGAGAAGUUAUUGAUGAGAACAAAGUGAACAGCCAUGGUGAAGAAGAUGAGUAUAUAUUUCAAACAAGUCAUGUUGAUGACAAGACACUCAAAUGGAAUUAUGGACCUGAAUUAUUGGGAGAACCUAGUACUGAUACUGCAAAUGAGGUUUUAAAGUCAUUUCCUAUCAUCAUUAGUGCGAAGAAUAUGGGUAAUAUAUCUCGAUUCAUGAAUCAUAGUUGCUCACCCAAUGUCUUUUGGCAGCCAGUUCAACAUGACCAUUGUGAUGAAGGAUAUCCGCAUAUCAUGUUCUUUGCAGUUAAACAUAUCCCUCCGAUGACAGAGUUGACAUAUGAUUAUGGCACUAGAGGUCUUGGAUUUGGCAGGCCCAAGAAAUGUCUGUGUGAAUCACCAAAAUGCCGAGGUUAUUUUGGCUGAAUUUGAUCGAUGUCUGUGUCAAUGACCUAGCUAUGAAUAUCACCUUUUGUGCACUUUUGGCAACUGAUCAAAUGUGGAGAUGCAAAACUGAAAUCAUCAGUUCAUCAGAUGGUCUCCUCAAAAAGGAACAAAUACAAGAACUUGUUCCUUCUAAAGUAUGCCUCCGUCAUUAUGGCACCCAGUGUAUAAUUGUUGUUUUCAGUGAAAACUCUGGAAGGCAUCUAUUUUGGAACUAACAGUAGCCAAGUUUGUUUUUAAAUUCUGUUGUUUGCAGUUGUUGUUUCAAUAUAUGGAUGUUUUAUCUAAUGAUAUCCCGUUUCUCAGCA